AUGGGCUUAGAAUUCAAAAUCUACGACUUUACCUUAGAAACAAAAGUCUUCAACAUGUGCUUCUGUAAGGCAUUGAGCGGAGAGGCAAUAUCAAUACUUCAAGCUUUUAAGCUAUGGAUGUGCAGAAGAAUCCUGGAAACACCAUGGAUGGAUGAUGUGCUAGGGAUGAUGAAAAGAACCUCAGAGAAAAAGCGAUUAGGCAUGGAAAAGAAAUCGUCAACGCUAGUCCGAAAAAGUGGUGUAGGAUGGGACAAAGCGAAUAUGGAGGCAGCCAUUCUGUCAGUAUCAAGGGGGAUCUUAACUCAGAGAGCCGCGUCGGAGAGAUAUCAUAUCCCCAGAAGAAUGCUUCGGGAUCACCUCAAAACCGGAAAAUGCGUUAAAAGAUCUGGUCGAAAAGCCGUGCUAAAUACAGAACAAGAGAAAAAUCUAGUGCAAAGGAUUCUGCGUUUGGCCGAUAUAGGGUUGCCGCUUACCUUGAAAACACGAAAAGAAAAUGCCACCUCACCCAUAGUGAAUUCAUCCUAUUCGGAAGAUGACUUGCCACUUCAAGAGUUACAAAAACGGAUUAACUAUCGUUCUAGUACUUCGUUCCAAAAACUUCUGCCAACACCAACUAUGAAGCAAGCUGUUACUGUUAAACCACCACGAUAUACAAAAAUGUCAAGUCACGGGAAUGAUGGUCAGACAACGCAAAAGAAGGGCACCUGGGAUCCUGCCAACAUGCAUAAGGCCGUGGAAAAGGUACUGAAUCAUAAAAUAAGUGCUCGUCAAGCCGCAGAACGCUAUCAGGUACCACGAUCUACUUUGAAUGAUAGAGUUAGAGCUAUUAAAAGUAAUAAAGAGAUGUCUAUUGAGCCAGUUAUGGGUCGUUUUCACAAUACUUUUGCACCAGAACAUGAAGAAAUAUUGGCAUCGCAUGUUAAAGACUUGGCCAACAGGCUAAUGCCUUUAAACAGACAAGAAUUUUUACGUCUCGCUUUCCAACUGGCCGAGAAAUUAAAGUUACCUCACCAGUUCAAUAAAGAGAAACAAUCUGCAGGGAAAAAUUACUAUUAUUCGUUUAUGAAAAGACAUAGUGACUUAUCAUUGCGAACUGCUGAAUCAACGAGUUUAAUGAGAGCAGUAGGAUUUAACAGGCCUCAGGUUAUGCGAUUCUUUGAUGGUCUUGAGACUUUGAUGGAGAGAUUUAAAUUCACACCUUAUAAAAUAUGGAACUGUGAUGAGACUGGAGUUAGCAUUGUUCAAAAACAUGCUAAAGUGUUAGCUACUAAAAACCAAAGGCAAGUCGGAAAGCUUACGUCAGCAGAACGUGGAAAGAACGUUACAGUGCUUUUUGCAAUGAGCGCUGGAGGUCAGUUCGUACCACCUUAUUUCAUAUUUCCACGAAACAGAAUGAAUGAAAGACUAAUGAUUAAUGCUCCAAAUGAGAGUGUAGGUGAAGCUCAACCAAACGGCUGGAUGAAUGCCGAAUUAUUUCUGAAAUGGAUGCAACACUUUGUGCAAUAUUCUAAUCCAACAGCCCAGAAUCCCGUACUCUUGAUUCUAGAUGGGCAUGCUAGUCAUAAAGACUUAGAUGUCAUUGAGUUUACCAGAAAAAAUAAUAUUCAUAUGUUAAGCACCCCACCUCACACGACCCACAAGUUACAGCCACUGGAUCGUACGUUCAUGAAGCCAUUUAAAUCUGCGUACAAUGAUGCAUGUGACUUGUGGAUGAGGGCAAACCCUGCUAUUAGAAUCAGUGAAUACGAGAUUGCAGGGUUUGUUGCUAUUGCUUUUAAUCGAGUUUCGCGAAUGGAUAUCGCGGUUAAUGGCUUCCACUGCACUGGCAUACACCCCUUUGAUAGAAAUAUCUUCAGUGAUUUAGAUUUCAUUGGUUCCGACAUGACGAAUGUUACAGAAAGUCAAUCAGCAACAGAAUCAUCGCUCUCACAUUCUCAACUAACCGAACCGACACCUUCAACAUCUGCUUGUUCAAAUCUGUCAAAUUCUAUUUCUACACAGCGAGAACUUACAUCCAUUUCCUCUCGACAACUUGGAUCUCAAACUCCAACUUCUAAUUUAUUAGCUGACAUUACAACUUCUAUACAAUCCGAGACUCAAACUACUCCUACUCACGCCGAAUCUGAAAUUUUAUCUAUUCAACAAGUAGAAACUCAAACAGAAGUUAUUGCUGAUAAAUCCAGAGAAAAUUUUAAAGCUGCACUUACAGAACUGUCACCGGUUCCUGAUGCUUCCAAAAGAAGAACUACUGUAAGACGUCGUAAAGCUGAAAGAAGUGAAAUUAUAACAAGUUCUCCAUACAAAAGGAUGCUGGAAGAGAAAAGGGCAGAUAAAAGGAAUGUCGAACAACUUAAAAAGAAAGUUAAUGUUUCAGAAAAAGAUGUUAUUAAAAAGGGAAAAAGCUUGCUGUCAGGAAGAGAUGUCAGUAAGAAAACAAAAACAAAUAAAAACGAAAACCUACCUCCUCCUCGUAGAUCGAUUGAAGAAACAGUUUGUCCUUUGUGUGCCGAAUCUCACGAAGAGGAUUGGAUACAAUGUGGAAACUGCAAGAUUUGGGUCCACGAGGCUUGUGCAAACGUAUCAGAGCUAUCUGAUCAGGCAAAAAACACGGCGGUGGAGCCAGAUGAUGAAAAGUUUGGGUUGAAGUUAAGGGUAAUGGUUGUGACGCAAAGCUUCUUGGAAGUUUCUGAGAAAAACUUUGAAAUUGGCAUUCUCAGUUUCCCACUAAUGGGUUCCGAUAAAAAAGUGCAGAAGGAAUAUAUCAUUAAGAGAAUUGCUGUUGCAGUAAUGAUGCCACACGAUCAUUUCGCCAUUCCUCCACAGGUGCUGUAUUCGGCUGGUGGGCUACCCGAGGUGUCAUUUGACGUGCGACCUCGUGGAAAACGUUUUGGAGAAGAAGAUGGAUUCGAGAUUACUACUGCAUGCCGCAGAGAUUAA